AUGUCCUUUAAGUUGAAUGAUUAUAACGCAUUCCUAACAUCGUUAUUUGAUAAGAACAAUCAACACCAACAACAAUUAGAACAAUUAAAACAUACUAGUACAUCCCCACAAUUAGUACUUGAUCAACAUAUACAACAAGAUUCACAGCAACAAGACUUACAACAACCGCAACGGCAUAUAGCGGCAGAACCACCACAACAAGACAACGAAACUACAAAUAAUAAUAAAGUUAGAUCACAAUCCAUGCCUCACGUACCCAUGUCAAUGAACGACGAAGGAAGAUUCCCAUUACAUUUCGAUUUUGGCCUCAUUGCCCCUACAUUCACAUAUGGGGCUACUAGCAAUGGCAAAGGAAAAUCAAUUAGUUUACCAUUACCCCAAGAAUAUGGUAAUGUUGGAACCCCCACCACUGAUCAAGAUGAAAUGUCUGGCAACAUGACAGAAUUCAUCGCUGAGAUGGGAGCAGAACGCGAUGAUGCUAGAUAUCAUAGUUCCAAUUUAGCUGAUUCUAUGGUGUUGGAGAAUUCAGUGACUAGUCCUGAUAAUCUUUUUAGUUUGGCACAUAUUCCUACGAAUGCUUCUAGCUAUACUAGUGAUUUUGCACCCAUUGAAGAAGAGCCUCAACCACAUCAACAGCAACAGCAGCAGCAGCAGCAACAUCAAAUAAUGCAAGCUAAUCGGUUAAGUCAUGAUAAUUCUUUGGAUUCAUUAGAGUCGGUGGAUACUAAUUUAAGUAAUUCAAUUAAACAAGAUAAUAAUUCAGUAUUGGGAUUUCAAACAUCAGAACAAUUAACUAAACGAGCAGCAAAUAUUACAUUUGGGGUUGGUACUCCAUUAACUAAAGUAAGAACCGAAUCACCACCUACAUCACCAUUAAACCAAUUUCCUAAAUAUGUAUCCCAGAAAGCACCUAGAAAAUCACAAAAUAAGAUACUUGAUGAUUAUACCCAUGGCAAUGGAUCCUUCAAUCCAAACAAUCCAAUCCAACAGCAGCAGCAACAGCUACAACAUCAUCAUAAUCAUCCAGGUAGGCCAAGGGUUAAAUCGGCCCAUAAUGUGAUUGAACAAAGAUAUAGAAACAAGAUUAAUGAUAAAUUCAAUGCACUUCAAAAUUCUGUGCCUACAUUACGAAUACUUGCCCAACGUAAAGAACGAGAAAAACUACAGAUGAAACAACAACAUCAUCUUAAUAAUGAAAGUGCCGGAGAUGAAUAUGAUUCCAUGUCGGAUGAAGAAGUUGAUUUGGGAUUAAUUCAAGAUGAUAAUAUUGAUUUAGAAGGAUUAGAACCGGCCAGAAAAUUGAAUAAAGGGACGAUAUUGGCAAAAUCAAUUGAAUAUAUUAAAUUUUUGGAAUUGAAGAAUGAUAAGAUGAAACAAGAGAAUGAUCAAUUAGCUAUGAAGGCAAGAAUGUUGGGAUUGAAUAUUGAUGAUGAUGAUGAUGAUGAUGAGAAGAUUGACAAAUGA